AUGCCACAAAGAAAUCCAGACGAUAUGUGUCCAUGCGGACAAAGACACUGCCACCGACAACGUUCAGCAUCGUAUCAGCCAUUAAGUGGCACUGAACUCAUACCAGAGACUUCCGAGUCUCGAAACCAGCUCCAGCAUGCACAUGCACAGUCUACUGGUGCUACGUGCAUUGCUCCAACCCCGAAUAGACAGCGCCGCAGCAACCAUGUCUCAUACAGACAAAGCAUACCAUACUGGGACGACUUCAACGGUAUAAUCUAUGAAAUUCCUUACGGAAAGCUUCUCUCUCCGUCUAAGACAUCUUCGCAGCAGGCAGAUGGAGGUCGGAAUGCUGAGCCGCAAAGCUCUUGUGCUGAGAUUGCAGGAGACAGACCAUAUGGGGAGGACAAUCAAAGCCGCACAGUACUAAGUCCCUCAGGUACUACAUAUGAGUACAUGCCUGAUAGGGACAAUGUGAAGGCCUUGGAUAUUGCACCAUGUGUCGAUGUAGAAGAGACGCGGAGCAAAGGAUGUCUGCCAGGUUCGAAGAAACAUGGAGUUUACGCCAAUGAAUCUGCUGAAAAAACAUUAUGA